CAAGCUAGCACUUCUGUAUGUGCUUUCACAUGGGUUCUUAGGAAAUCAAACAACUAGGCCAAUGGAAGCGUAUUACUUGAAUCUGGUUGACAAUUUAGAGGACUUUAAAGCUUACCCAUGGGGAGAUGUGGUCUGGGAUGAGUUGCGUAAUUAUAUGAAACAAAGCUGUGAAGCAUUGGAAAGCUGCACAUGUGCAAGAGUUACAUUCAUUGGAAGUAACAUGCCAAGGCCACUGAAUUGGGAAUUCCAUAAGAAACCUUCAUUGGAAGUUUUUUUUGACCUAAUAUUCUAUAAUGAGAAGUUUGAAUGGGCAGAGAUUGUUCCAAUGGAGCAAGAGCUUGCACUGAUCCAAGAAGCCAUCACAGGAGAUGGACACAAUUUACAAUAUGGGAGCAUAUGUGGUGCUAGAGUGGAGAUUGAGGAAACUGUGCAAAGUAAAGUUGGAAAUCGUGUUCCAAGGCUAAAAAGUCAGUAAAAAGAGGGGGAAACAACCAAAAACAGAAGGGAAAAAAGCAAAGUGGGAAAUGGGAGAACAAAUAAAAAAAUGAUGACCAAGGAACUUCUAAAAUCAGAAAGAAAGUUGAAAAAGAAAAAGAUUGUGACAAAGAUAAUGAUUAUAAGGAAGAGGAAACUGGGGAUGAGGAUGGCAGUGAUGAUGAAGCAGUAGGUAAUAAAAUGACGAGAACACUAAGGAAGCAAGUAUCAAGAACUACAAAACUUAUCAAGGAUGUGAAAAACAUCAAGAGAGCUCAGAAGAAGCAAGGGGUGGUGCUAGGUAGAAUUCUUCGCAUUGUGCAGUGUAAGAUCUGUCACUUUAUGAAGUGAAUAAGCAAGAAGGGGGAGGAAUGCCAAGAGAAUUGGAAAAUCUGGACAAAGAUGACAAUAUACAAGAGAUAAAUCAGAGAGAGAAGGAGAAGCAGGAUGAAAAUAGUAAAGAUGAAAAUACAGAGACUAAAAAGGGAAUGCAAACGAGGAGCUGAAUGCAGGGGAUGAUAUUGAGGAGAUAGAGAGCAAAAUGCCAAAUUUUAACAUAUUUAGAUUUGAAUCUCAAACAGAAGCUCAAGAAGCAGAUACAGAAAACCAGGGGGGAUAAGGAUUUAGAAGAUGAUACUGAGAAAGAAAAGCAUAGAGGUGAUAACUAAAAUAAGCCCAUUACUGGGGUAGAAGAGCAGAAGAGAAUAGAGGAGAAAAGGGGGGAAGGCCACCACUGAGAUAGAAGAGCAGAGAAGAGUAUUGAAAGAUGAGAAGCAAAUGCCAAAUGAUGUUAUAAGCACUGAAAUGUGGGGAAUGGGGUCCCCAGAAAAUUCACAAUUUGUUAAAGAGGUGAGGGAGAAGAGAAUUGCUAAAUCACUAGCACGGUACACACCGGCAGGACAUAGCGGGGAAGCUAAGAGGAGAAGGAAAGAAAAAGCAAGGAAAAGAACAGAGGAAUUUUUACCACCAACAAGCAAAAUAUAUGUCCCAUUCUCUGAAGACCCAACUGACACACCACCUGCAAAUGAAGUGCAGAGAGUUGGUAACUUCUUAAGCAUUGGACUGCUAAAACAGAGAAAGAAGGGUAAUGAAGAAAGAAGAUACAAGAAGGAUGGGGACAUGAUGCAUGGCAUUCUGAUGUUCUUGGAUACAAUAAAAAUUGAAUCCAAAACAUGGCUAUACAACCUCUAUGUCAACGAGCAGUGCCUAAAUGACACAUUAUGAGUGCAUCUGCAUUUACACUUGUAGUACAACCUAGAAUGCCAAAUAUGUAGCUAACAGAAUGCCAAAUAUAUAGCUAAUAGAAUGACAAUUAUAUAAAUAGCAAAAUGCCAAAAUUUAUAGUUGACAGAAACAUAUAUGACUUAUACUAAGAUCAAGUCAAUUUAAUGAUAGAAUGACAGAAAGUUAAA